CGGGGAAGGUAGCGGCUCCGGGCAGGGCAGGUCCGCGCGUGUUUACAGGCAGGACUGACUUACUCAGCAGAUCCUGCUCGGAGGCGCUGCGGCCAAUGAAGAGCCUAUCCCCCGGCUCGCCGGGGGCUCCUGAGUUGGAGCUGCAUGCAGAAAUGUAAGGCACUGCUUCCUGGCGCUGGUGGCAAAAUGGGACCCAGCUCCAGUCCGCCCUCGGGCUCCCCGGCUCUGCAGACCUGGGAGAGGACCUACAUACACAUCCUGGUGAUGUAGCCAGCUUUAAAGGCCGGGAGAAUCCUGAUGGAUUCAGGAGCCUGGGUUGCUUUUUAGAUUUCUGUUUUUUAUUUUUUAUUUUUUUUAUUUUCUGGAAGAUGAAAUGCUUCUCUCGUUACCUGCCUUACAUCUUCAGACCUCCGAACACCAUCCUCUCUUCCAGCUGCCACACGGAAGCUGACAUUAUCUCUACGGUAGAAUUCAACCACACUGGAGAAUUACUAGCGACAGGGGACAAGGGGGGUCGGGUUGUCAUAUUUCAACGAGAGCAGGAGAGUAAAAAUCAGGUUCAUCGUAGGGGCGAAUACAAUGUUUACAGCACAUUCCAGAGCCAUGAACCCGAGUUCGAUUACCUGAAGAGCUUAGAAAUAGAAGAAAAAAUCAAUAAAAUAAGAUGGCUCCCCCAGCAGAAUGCAGCCUACUUCCUUCUGUCUACUAAUGAUAAAACUGUGAAGCUGUGGAAAGUCAGCGAGCGUGAUAAGAGGCCCGAAGGCUACAACCUGAAAGAUGAGGAGGGCCGGCUUCGGGACCCUGCCACCAUCACGACCUUGCGGGUGCCUGUCCUCAGACCCAUGGACCUGAUGGUGGAGGCCACCCCGCGAAGAGUAUUUGCCAACGCACACACAUAUCACAUCAACUCCAUAUCAGUCAACAGCGACUAUGAGACCUACAUGUCGGCUGAUGACCUGAGGAUUAACCUAUGGAACUUUGAAAUAACCAAUCAAAGUUUUAACAUCGUGGACAUUAAGCCAGCCAACAUGGAGGAGCUCACGGAGGUGAUCACGGCAGCCGAGUUCCACCCGCAUCACUGCAACACCUUCGUGUACAGCAGCAGCAAAGGGACAAUCCGGCUGUGCGACAUGAGGGCAUCCGCCCUGUGUGACAGGCACACCAAAUUUUUUGAAGAACCGGAAGAUCCAAGCAACAGGUCGUUUUUCUCUGAAAUUAUCUCUUCGAUUUCGGAUGUGAAGUUCAGCCACAGCGGGAGGUACAUCAUGACCAGGGACUAUCUGACCGUUAAAGUCUGGGAUCUCAACAUGGAAAACCGCCCCAUCGAGACGUACCAGGUUCAUGACUACCUCCGCAGCAAAUUGUGCUCCCUCUACGAAAACGACUGCAUUUUUGAUAAAUUCGAGUGUGUGUGGAAUGGGUCAGACAGUGUCAUCAUGACCGGCUCCUACAACAACUUCUUCAGGAUGUUUGACCGAAACACCAAGCGUGAUGUUACCCUGGAGGCCUCGAGGGAAAACAGCAAACCCCGGGCCAUUCUGAAACCGCGAAAAGUGUGCGUGGGGGGCAAGCGGAGAAAAGACGAGAUCAGUGUUGACAGCCUGGACUUUAGCAAAAAGAUCUUGCAUACAGCUUGGCAUCCUUCAGAAAAUAUUAUAGCAGUGGCGGCUACAAAUAACCUAUAUAUAUUCCAGGACAAGGUUAACUAGGAGGACAAGUUAUUACUCCUUAAUAAUCUCACAUACUGAAUACUAGUCAAACGUUUUUAAAUGUUUCUUUGGGUCUUCAUUUGAUGCAUUGACUUUAAUUUCCCUACACAGAAAACAACUGGGAUAGAAUUCAAAGGAGUCCAACUUUCCCAUAUCCCCAGUUCUAAGAAACUUUUGUCCAAUCCAAUAGGUCCCGGGACACUUCUGUUUAGAAUUGCGAGCUGCCAGCUAACAGUAAUUCUUCCAUAGUUGACCUGAAUUUCUGAUGCUUUUAUUGCCCAGUUUUCUCUGGUGGGUCCAGUGUUUUGUUGCUAGGUGUCUGCUGAGAUAAAAUGAGGUUGUCUGUAGUAUUUAAAGCGAAAAGAGAUAAGUUUUUUUUUUUAAUUAAGCAAUUCCCUUUGAUUGAAAAUUUCAACAAAAAAUAAACACCGUUUACUCUA